GUUCUUUCUUCUGCUUAGCUCCCUCUUUCCCUCCUUAGGGGAAGGCUCCUGCCUUCGAUGCUGGCCAGACCUGCUCCCACUGGUGCAAUAUGACUUAGAGGUACUCUGGGGCUCCCAUCAGCCACCCCUGUAUCUUUCUGCCUGCCUUCGAAUCCUACUCUUCAAGAAGAAUGUCCCAUUCAACCCCCAAUUCCUUGAUCGUGCCCAUCUGGAAGAGGAAGCUGCCAUAUUCUUCAACCACCUAGAUGUUGCAAUUAAGGAAUGGCGGUCUGGAUCUCCAAGAGAGUGAAUAUAAGAAGAAAAAAAGAGGAUCCAGAAGAGAGCCCUGAAGACAUUCAUGCUAAUCAGGCAGGAAAUGAAUAAUGAUCCAGUAAAGAGGGAGAGUCAUCAGAAAGUCCCAGGUCCCCCCACAGAGGUAGCUAACUGCGUCAGCUGUAAGAAGUUUCGUGUGGCCUGCAAGGACCCUGUUCUUUGUAAGAAAACCCUCCUGUCACAGACCCUUUGGAUUGGAAUUGCUAUCAUCUUAAUCCUCUGUGUGUUUGUAUCAACAUUUGGAUCUGGGUUGUACUACUUUUGGUGGAGGCCCCAGAAGCUUGGGAAGGGUCCUGUAGCACUGAAUGAGCCAGCACCAGGACCAAGACUAGCACCAACACAGUCACCACCCCCACCGCCACCACUACCAUCACCACCCCUACCGCCACCACCCCCACCGCCACCACCACCACCACUACCAUCACCACUCCCACCGCCACCACCACCACCACCACUACCACCACCACCACCACCACCACCACUACUAUCACCACCCCCACCACCACUACCAUCACCACCCCCACCACCACCACUACCAUCACCACCCCCACGGCCACCACCACCACUACCAUCACCACCACUACAGUCAUCCCCAAUAUCAGUAGCAGUACAAACAGUGGCACCUGUACCAGAAAAAUCACUGGAAGCUAUCCCAGUAAAAGCACUAUCAACUGAAACAUCAGGUCCUUCAGAGUACUGGAGUAGAUGACCAAAGAAAGGAAGUAAUACUGAAAGACAACCACCAGGCACUAGAACCCAUCAUACCAAGAAGUCUAUGAACAAGAUAAGGAAUUCUUGGUUAGAGUGAUAUAGAAAAAGAAAUAAAUCAUUUAUGUC